CCUAUCGAUAGACCGCACAUGUAUUGUUUACUAGAGCAUUGUGCAAUGUGCCUCAGAAUUGUUGAAAAUUAAAUUGAUACAUAACUAUGAGCGAGAAACAACCACAAAAGCCCGGCGAUGGCAUACGCUCCAUGCGAAGCACAGGUGUUUUCAGAUUAAUUAACUUUGAGCUUUAUACAAAGCCGAACAAAGUCAUAAUGGGCCUAGGCCUGGCGGCAAUAACAGGAGUAUUUGGAUAUAUUGCGUAUAUGCGUUACAAGUACGAGAAUCUCGGUUAUUAUGUUGCCGUUAGGGAAGAUGGUCGCGAGGAGUUUGUCAAAAAGAAAUCCAAUUGGGAAACAUAAAUGGGGUUUUAUCUGGAAACUAUUUAUUACUGUGUAGCACAAUUUGGUACAUUCAAGAGUUUGAUGUUAUUGUUGUGGUUGCCAAAAUAUAUAUUCAAAAAUCACGAUAGUAGAAAAA